AUGCCGAAAGCAAACAGCCCGACUGGCUUCCAGCCACUCAAAGAGACUGCGCUUUUUUCGCCGUUCAAGCUAGGCCCUUUGCAUCUUGAGCACAGAAUCGUGCAGGCACCAUUGACACGUAUGCGAGCCACCAAAGAAGAAGAAGGCGUUUUCGUGCCCAAGGAACUACACGUUGAGUACUACAGCCAACGCGCGAGCAAGGGGGGGCUGCAAUUAACAGAGGCCACUGACAUCACCAAAUACGCCAGCGGAUACCCAGGUGUACCGGGCGUGUUCUCUGAAUCUCAAAUCGCCGGUUGGAAGAAGGUAACUGAUGCCGUCCACUCAAAGGGCGGCUACAUCUUCUGUCAGCUAUGGCAUACCGGCCGUGCUAGUCCACCGUCGUUUCGGGCCGGAGCACCAACUGUCAGCUCAAGCGACGUGCCCAUGGAGGGCAAUUGGCUUGAUGGUGUUGCGUGUGCUGACCAUCCACCCAAGCCGCUGACUGUCGAGGAGAUUCAAGAUUUGACAAAGACCUGGGCUGAGGCUGCGAAAAAAGCUGUCGAGGCUGGAUUUGACGGCAUCGAAAUCCACGGCGCGAACGGGUACUUGCUAGACCAAUUUCUGCACGACAACGUGAACAGAAGAACAGAUCAGUACGGCGGAUCGAUAGAGGGCCGGAGCCGCUUUCCUCUUGAAGUCAUCCAAGCGUGCUCAAAAGCCAUCGGUGCUGACCGAGUUGGUAUUCGUCUCAGCCCAUACAACUACUUCCAGAAUACCAAGGACAGUAGUCCUAACGAACACUGGGAGUACUUGUGCGAGAAGAUAGCAUCGCUUCCGGAGGGCGAGAAGCCAGCCUAUGUUCAUAUGGUCGAACCGCGUUUCGACGAAGUCCUAGACGAACAGGCUAAGAUGGACGCUCUAGCCGCAUACACCACAAAAGGAGGCAAGGGCGUAGAAGCGGAAGCAACUUUGAAAGUCAAAGGCAAUACGCUGGUGAACUUCCGCAACAUCCUGCAGAAGGGUGGCGUGAAAUUCAUCGCGGCUGGUGGCUUCGACAGGAACAACGCCGCGCCGAAGGUCGAGUCUGGAGAUGCUGAUCUUAUUAUUUUCGGCCGGUGGUUCAUCGCAAACCCUGAUCUUCCCAAGCGCCUCGCUGAAGGUCUGGAACUAAAUCAGUACGAUCGCAACACGUUUUACGGCGCUGAUCCACCGCAAAAGGGGUACACGGACUACCCUUUCCACGCGCAGACGGUGUCUGCUUGA